UUGGCGGAAGAAUAAAAAAAAAAGAAGAGUGAACUGGCUAAACUGAGAUAAGAAACGCUCUCCCAAGUUUCAACUCAAAACAGUGACAAAAAAAAAAAACAAAAAAAGGGAAAGAAAUCCCAAAAUCUCUCUCAAAUUAUUAUUUUUCUGUCUAUUUUUUUGUGGGCCUGUAUCUUUUUCAUUUUUUGUUGUUUUUGGAAGUGAAAACAUGCAUCAAAUUUUGGCUAUCUUCAAGCUUGAAGCUUGUGGCAUCAUCUAGGAGAAAAAAAUUAAAGCUUUCUUCAUCUGUUUGCUUUGUUUUAGUAGUAUUUGUUGAAGAUAAAAAAGGGUUGAUGGGGAGGGGUUGCAGGAGGAUGAUAACAGGGAACUUGGAUCCAGAAAGAAAAAGAAGUGGUGGGUUGAGAACAAAGCAGGCUGGUAGAGGCUCUUGCAGAGGAAGCUAGCUUUAGCUGCUUUUUUUUUCUUUUCUUAUGAAUUUGGGAUACUAUAAAGAUUGCAGUUUGAGUCGUUUUUGUUGGUUGCUUUGCGUACAAUAUAUAUAUAUAUAUAUUUGUUGGUUGAUAUACAUUUGAGAGAAGAAGGAAAAAGAGAAGAGCUAUGGGUGGUUUGUUGAAAGAAGCUUUGAAGUCACUUUGUCGGGUGAGUCAGUGGUCUUAUGCUGUUUUUUGGAAGAUCGGCUGCCAGAAUACUAAUUUACUAAUUUGGGAGGAAUGUUACUAUGAACCUGCACUUUCUUCUAUCCCUCCAUGCAUUACUGGCCUUCAAAACCCUGAAUUUUCAUUUGGAGAGUGGGAGGGAUGCUGGGGUUCAGAAAUUUCCUCGCAGCUUGGGAGUCAACCAUGGGACAAAGUCCAUUUUCUGAUUAACAAAAUGAUGAUGAAUAAUCGAAUUAGUGUAGUAGGUCAAGGGUUAGUUGGCCGAGCUGCAUUUACUGGAAAUCAUCAGUGGAUUCUUGCAAAUAAUUACAUCACAGAUGCCCACCCCCUAGAGGUUCUACAUGAGGUGCGUCUCCAAUUUUCUGCUGGCAUGCAGACUGUUUCAGUUAUUCCUGUUCUUCCACAUGGUGUUCUUCAGCUUGGUUCUUCCACAACAAUUGUGGAGAACAUGGGAUUUGUGAAUGAUGUGAAGAGUUUAAUUCUGCGUUUGGGAUGCAUCUCUGGAGCUCUUCUCUCUAACAGCUAUGGAACAAAUGAAUGCAUUGAGAAAAUUGGGAUUCCCAUUUCUUUAGCAAAGCCCAUUUCAAUGGAUUCGGCAGGAAUUUUUAGGUCUAUAAAUUCCAUAACUUCAGUUGCUGAAGGCUGCAACCAACAAAGCAAUCCGUCUCAGGCUUCAAGGGUUAUUGGUCAAUCAUCUUCGCUUAUCAAACAGAUUCAAGAAAACUCACAGGGUACUGCUUCAACAUCCCAAUUACCUGGCAUGACCCAAACUAUGGCUAAAUCUCAUGAUGGCCACUGUGAAUCAAAAAUCAGUCCAGAGAUGAAAUCAAACCAAAAUUUUAAAAGUCUGAUGGACUGUGGAGUUGUUGGUGCUGAAGUAAUUCCGUCAAACCAAACUUUGUGGCUGGAUCCUCAAGUUGGUUUUUGCAACUCACGGUCUGGGUUCAAUUGUCAGCCCAUAAUUGUUGAAUCGAAUGCCAGUCAUAGCAGCAUAAAAUCAAUGGAGCAACAGAUUUUGUUAGAUACUGGUCUACGAAGUCAUGUUAUCAACAGCACUAGUGCAUCAAAUAGUCAAAUGAAAUCAAAAUCAGUCCCAGGUAUUGUUCCAAACUUGCAGAAACUAGAAGAUGUUACUUCCUCUUGCAGACAAUUGGCAGGGAGCGGGGUUCAGAUAGUUGGUUCAUCUAGAGUGGAGGUUCCUUUAUCCAUCCUGGCCAACCAAUUAACUAGUACUUGUAUGCCUUCAGGAGUUGCUAAUCAAGGGCAUGAUUUUGAGGAUUCUAAGUGCACGCAAGCUGAUUUGGUUCCAAAGAAAGAAAGUAUAGAUAAUGAUUUGUUUCAAGCACUUAGUAUUCCAUUGCUCCAUGCUGAUGAAGGCACACCUUUUAGUGAAGAACUCUCAAGUGCUAUUUAUGAUUGCCUGCAGCAUGAAAGUGAAAGUUUGAGUACUAGAUCCUUAAAUGUUAAGUAUGAAGAUACAUGUAUCCAGCCUCCAUCAGGGGAUGACUUGUUUGAUGUGUUGGGGGCAGAUUUAAAAACUAAACUACUCAAUGGAAAAAGGAAUAAUGUGCUUGCUGAGGGACCAGAUUUGAAGAUGCAAAAUCCGGGUAAUGAUACUUCAAUAUUUAAGGAUAUGCUGAAUGUGUUUUCUGAUAUUUUUUCAGCUAAUGAAGGGAUAUCAGACCAGGGUAUUUACUCUGGGAUGGGUUCGGAUCAUCUUUUGGAUGCUGUGGUUUCUAGUGCACAAUCUGCUGCAAAGCAGAUAUCAGAUGACGAUGUGUCCUGCAGGACAACAUUGACAAAGUUCAGUAACUCCUCUGUUCCUAGUAGUUCUCCGACCUUUGGCCAGGUUAACAUUUCCAAUCAAGUGCAAGGGGAGUUGCUUGGUGGCCUUCCUAAGUCUUUGUUGAAAGGAGGAACUCUCCCAUCCAGUUCUUAUCGAUCUGGCUGUAGCAAGGAUGAUGCUGGGACUUGUUCUCAAACUACUUCUAUGUAUGGGUCUCAAAUCAGUUCAUGGGUUGAGCAGGGUCAUAAUUCAAGGCGUGAUAGCAGUGUCUCAACCGCAUAUUCAAAGAGGAAUGAUGAAAUGACCAAACCAAAUCGCAAAAGGCUAAAACCUGGCGAGAACCCUCGACCGAGGCCAAAAGAUCGCCAGAUGAUCCAAGAUCGAGUGAAAGAGUUGAGGGAAAUUGUACCAAAUGGAGCAAAAUGUAGCAUAGAUGCUCUACUAGAAAAAACCAUCAAGCACAUGCUUUUCCUGCAAAGUGUAACAAAGCAUGCAGACAAGCUAAAACAAACGGGAGAGUCUAAGAUAAAGGAAAACUUUGAGGGAGGGGCAACAUGGGCAUUUGAGGUUGGAUCACAAUCUAGGAUCUGCCCUAUUGUGGUUGAGGAUCUGAAUCCUCCUCGUCAGAUGCUUGUGGAGAUGCUUUGUGAAGAACGGGGUUUCUUUCUUGAAAUAGCUGACUUAAUCAGGGGAUUGGGAUUGACCAUCUUGAAAGGGGUUAUGGAAACUAGGAAUGACAAGAUCUGGGCACGUUUCGCAGUGGAGGCAAACAGGGAUGUUACAAGGGUGGAGAUAUUUAUGUCACUUGUUCAUCUUUUGGAGCAAACUGUGAAGGGCAGCACAUCAUCUGCCAAUGCUUUUGAUAGCAACAAUAUGAUGGUUCAGCACUCUUUUCCCCAAGCUGCCUCUAUACCUGCAACUGGCAGGGCCAGCAGUUUACAGUGAACCACCUUGCUGCUUGGUUUUCUGGUUUAGAUAUGUUAAGAGCGAGCCCUAGCUUUGCUUGCCAUGACUAACAUACAGUCUGUGGACUUGAGUGGUUCUGACUUUGACUAACGUUUUCAUCCCCCACACGGCUGACCUUGUUUUAGAGAAGUGGAUUUGUUUAGCUAGUGAAAGCUUGUCAACAACUUUCAAAUGGCCUGUUUUGAACAUCUGAGGUUCCUAUAUUGUACCUUCAGAAGAAACAGAAAACAAUUUCAGUCUCAAGGGACCAUUCAGGAAAAACAAAAGGCUUGUUAGAUAUUUGGAUUUUGUUGGAUUCUAUUUGAAGGAUAAUCCUGUAGGGCAUAAGGGUGGGUAGCUAAAUAGUUCAGGUGUUAUGGUUCUCAAAAUGUAUAGAGGAAUGGGAUGUCGUAUGAUGGGGAUGAGGUGUUUUGCCACCAGGAAAGAACUGCAUUUUAUUAUACCCACCCUGGAUUUUUUUCUUGGAUUAGGAAUGUUCUAUAUCUUGUGCCAGUACUGUAAUAUUUACUUUCUGCUAAUCUAUGCAUUUGCUGAAAUCUGUUUGGUUUAA